GGGGAAGGGAAGGUGACAGCAGCGGAAGCUCAGCCAGCAGCAGCGGCGCUGAAGCCGGGGCCUCGUAGCAGCGGCGGGGCUGGCAGCGGCAGCAGCAGCCGUAGCAGCCCCCUACCACCCGCAGCAGCAGCAGAGGUGGCAGCAGCUGCCGCACCUGCCCCUGCCAGCUCCACCAGCGGCAGCGGGUUGCGGCUGGUGCUGUCGCCGGGGCCCACCCCCGCUGCGGCGCUGCUGGUGCCGCGGCGGCUGGCGGGGCUGAGCAAGGAGGAGGCGGAGGGGGUGAAGGAGCUGGAGAUCUGUGCGGUGGGUAUGGCCACCGCCGAGCGGCUGUCGCAGCGGCUGGGUCGGCAGGGCGGCGCGGCGCUGCUGGUGGACUACGGGCGCGAGGGGCCGCCGUACGGCGACUCGCUGAUGGGCAUCCGGGCGCAUCGGGGAGUGGGGAUCCUGGACGCCCCGGGCACCGCCGACCUGAGCGCCUGGGUGGACUUCGGAGCGCUGCGUCUGGCGGCAGCAGGCUCGGGCGCCCCCGUGGCCACCGCUGGGCCCGUCAGCCAGGCGGCCUUCCUGCGGGCGCUGGGCAUCGGCGCGCGGCUGCAGGCGCUGCUGGGGGGGCGCGGGGUGAGCGAGGCGGCGGCGGCGGCGCUGGUGUCGGGGUGCGAGCGGUUGGUGGAUGAGGGGCCGGAGGGCAUGGGGCGGACCUACCAGGUGAUGGCGAUAC